AUGGCGACUUCAACUAUUAGUAGUAAUGAUCGUGUCGCUUUCAUUGGAUUGGGUGCAAUGGGUUAUCCAAUGGCUACUAAUCUUCAAAAGUAUUUAGCAGUAAAUCAAUUUCCAAAUCUGCUCGUUUACAAUUGUACCUACUCCAAAGCCCAAUCACUUGCAGAAUCAGUAGGAGUAAUUGCUACACAAUCAUUACAAGAUGUUGCAGAACAAGCGAACAUCAUAUUUACUUGUUUAUUGAAUGACCAAGCAGUCUCCAGUAUUUAUAAAGAAUUGUUGAAAUGUUCUGAUCCACGUAAAUUCAACAACAUUAAUAACAGAUCAGUAAUUUUUAUUGACUGUAGCACAAUUUCACCACAUGUUAUUAAUGAAGUGAAAAAUGAAGUUGAAAAAAUAGAAAAUAGAUUUCUACUUGCAUGUCCUGUUUGGGGGCCGCCAGCCAAAGCUCAGAAAGCUGAAUUAGUGGUUAUUACAUCCGGUAAACAAUCAAUCAUUGAUAAAAUAAUGCAUUUACUUAUACCAGUUCUUGGAAAAAAAGCAAUCCCAAUUGGAGAAGAUGUAACCAAAGCAGCAAAAUAUAAACUUGUUGGAAAUUUUUUUGUUGGGGGAAUAAUUGAAAUGUUGUCAGAAGGAUUAACAUUUGCAGAUAAAAAUGAUAUUAGUAGAGACAAAAUGAUGGAAUUUUUUGAAGAAUUUUCAUCUGAUGCGGUUAUUAAAGGAUAUGGAAAAAGAAUGGUAAAUGAUACUUUUACCAUAGAUAUCGGCUUCAGUGUUAAUAAUGCCAUGAAAGAUGUUAGACUUAUGCGUAAUUUAGCUGAUGAUUCUCAAGCUCAAUUACCAAUUGCAGAUUUAUUAUUUCAACAUUUAUUAACAUCAAAAGCAAAUGGUGGUCAACAUUAUGAUUGUUCUUCUGCUGUUGGAGCUUUAAGACUUGGUAAAACAAAAUAG